UGAUGAUAGCUUGGGAUACGACUUCCCAUUCACGUUACGAGCCGUGGCCAGUGGGGGUCGCAUUUGUGCGCUCUGCCCAUGGUCGCGGUUUUGCCGAGGAUGUGAAAUCCCUUGCAACGAUGAGCCUCUUCUUCAGGGACUAACCUGCUCCGGUCGAUCAUCUAGCAACAACUCAACACCAAAUCUAUCCUCGCGCGAGCAGACGCCAACCUUCCGGCGGAAAACGUACGGUAGUUCGACGACCUCGUCGCUGGAUGGCAUGCAAUCGUCCCCGACACCGUCGCUACGAACGAUCAACACCAACAGCAUACAGAUUGCCAUCGAUUGGGAUCCGACGGCGCUGCACUUACGGUACCAAAGCACCCGCGAACGGCUAUGGACGGAACACGAAUCCGUGGCCAUCUGCCGCAAGCAACAAACUGAACCCGUUGACCUGGAUCACUGCCUACGAGCCUUUACCUCAGAGGAAAAGCUAGAACAAUGGUACCAUUGUUCGCACUGUAAGCAGAAGAAACCAGCUACGAAGAAGCUGCAAAUCUGGAAACUUCCCCCGGUGCUGAUCGUUCAUCUGAAGCGUUUCAACUUCGUGAACAACAAAUGGGUCAAGUCGCAAAAGGUGGUCAACUUCCCGUACGACGAGUUCGAUCCGACGCCGUACCUGGCUUCGGUCCCCCAGGAGACCAUUCUGCGGCACAAGGAACUGCUGGAAGGCGGCGUCGGUGUCGGCAUCUACGACGGACGGAAUCACGACUGUCACGACGAAAUCGUUGAGUUUGACCGGGAAAUGUCGAUGAUCGAUGAGGUGAGCGAUGAGGUGUCCAUCUCUUCCAUUACCGGAACGAUCGGUCACGGUAGCGAUGGCGAUGACUACGAUGACGACAACGAGGAGGAGAAUGGCCAGCAGAGUGACAUCAACAGUAGUACUAUUACGCCGGCCAUUGUUGGUACCCAGCCGGUGGUUAUGGUUCGAUCGGAAGGGGCUUCCGGUGACGACAGCCCCAGUAGAGCCAAGGGUCGUUUGAGUAUAAAAUCUAAGGGACAGCGGAAGCGACUGGUUUCCUCGAGUUUGACCAAGACACCGGUGAUCGAUGGGCAGUUUACGGACUUCCACAAACACCAUCUGAAGCCGGAACGGGAUCCUUUCGAUCUGAAAUAUCAACUGUAUGCCGCUGUGUGUCACUCCGGAAUGCUGAACGGCGGCCACUACAUCUCGUACGCGGCCAAUCCGAAUGGGUCGUGGUAUUGCUACAACGACAGCUCCUGCCGGGAGAUUCCCUCCCGGCCGAAGAUCGAUCCCAGCACGGCGUACCUGCUGUUCUACGAACGGCGCGAUCUGGACUACGAUCCGUACCUGCCGAAGGUGGACGGCCGACAGAUCCCACCGGAGCACCUGGCCGAGUUCGAGGAGAGCGAGAACGAGCUGAAGAAAAUGUGCACGCUUAUGUAGAAGAUAGCCCCGGCGCUGACCGGCCCCGUUCGGGGCCUCGGCGCAACUACGCUAGGUAAAUUCUUCAACCUCUCGCUGCUGCCUUCCUCCGGUAAGUAGAGGAAACCUUCCAAGCACUCACGAGCGACGAUGCGGUUUUAGGGUUUUGUCGUCGUACAAAGCGCGCGGAAGUCAACGUGCGCCAGCGGUGAUGAUGACGCCAAAUCCGUUGCAAACACGGCUCCAGAGAUCUGUUCCUUCAUCUGAUUGAGACAAAUAGGAAGAAGAAAAAAAAACGCACCAGUCAGGGUGUGGUGUGUGCGCUGAUGUGCUGUUUUUUUUUAACUCUUACAGUGUAUUAAUUACGUAUCAUAGUGGUGGUUAUAGAAGAGACCCCAAGAUAUUCAUCAGCACUGGAAAAUUAUUGUUUUCCUUUUCUGCGGCUGUUGUAUUCUUUAUUCCCAACGCUUCGUUUUAGAGCUUAUCAAUCAAAACAAAUGUUUACACCUACCUAUUCCUCACGCGUAAGAAGCAAUUUUCUCUUUUUAAGUAUGUAUUUGGUGGGGUUGUAUCCCUUUUUGGCGUAAUAGUCGUUUGGCCAAAAGGGAUAGAGCCAUCUAUAAUAGGCAUAAAAUGAUACCAACUAAUAGUGUAGCAUGGCCAAUCGGGAAGAAAUGCGGUGGGACGCGUUCCGUCCCGCAUCGUUUCCCCUCUGCUGUAGGAUUUUAGUAUCGAUACUAGCUUUAUUAAUGUAUUAAGCGAAACAACACUUAGAUAAAUCCAAUCAAUUAAUAAUCAAAGAGAAUUACCUACCGGGUACUGUGUUUAGACAAGACAUUCGUGCAUGCUAGCUAAUAAGCGACUAAAAACAUUCCGAUUUAUUGUAAACGGUGGACUUGUGUGCAAACAAGACAAACAAACGUCAUCAAUCGCUACUAUCGAUGUAGAGGAGUGAUUAAGUAAAUUAAAUUAUUUAGAUAUGGCAAUUGCAAUUGGAUGAAUCCCACUGUCAGGGGGAGACGUAAGCUUAUGUUGCUUGUAAUACAGGGGAUUUAUUAGGCAAUCGGACACAGAAAGGUUGGAAGGGGUUUAAAUUUAUUCAGAACUUGUUCAUGGAAAACUGGUGGAAUUUAUUUACUUGUUCUCUUUUUAUUCAGUAAUAAAUGUAAUCACAAUCAUGUUUCGGAACUCGGGCAGCAUGGGUGACCCUAACGAUCAUCUUGCUCGUACUUCGCCCUUAACACCACUCAAGGAUAAUGAGCAAUAAUUGCCAAUUAUUACUUCUUUUGGGAUAUUUUUACCUUCUGUUUCUUCAAAGUAGCAUUGAGCAAGUUUGGCUGAGACAUCGAUUCGAAUCGGACCAGCAGAAUCGAUUCGUCGAAUUAAUCGAUUGCUUUGAAUCGAUGUUUUCACAUCGGUUCGGUAUUAUUAAAUGUUACAAAACCAUAAAAUGCUUGCAGCAUGGAGUACAAGUUAAUGGGAUGAUUUAUUUGUCUUAAUACAUUUAUUAUCAUAAAUUGUACAUCGAACCGUCUCUGGAGGAAUUCCUGGAUGAAUCCUUGGAAAAUUCCUGCAGAAAUACCCUGAGGACUCCCUGGAGAAAUCGUUGGAUGCAUGCCUGGAGCAUAUUCUGGAAGAAAUGUUGAAGGAAUCUUUGGAUGAACUCCUAGAGGAUUCUCUAAAGGAAAUCUGGGAGAAAUCCCUGUAGAAGAAACAUCUUCACGAAUGUUUGGAGGAAUCCUUAGAGAAAUUUCUGGAGAAAUUCUUGGAAGAACUCCUGAAGGACUUUUUGAAAAAAAUCGUUGGAGGAAUCCCUGAAGCAAUUUCUGGAGGAACCUCAGGAGGAAUGCCUGGAGGAUCUUCUGGACAAAUUCCUGGAAGAAUCCCUGGUGGAACUCCUGGAGAAAUUCCUAGAGAUAUUCUUGAGGAAAUUUCUGAUUCACUGGAGUAACCUUCAGAGGAAUUCUGGGAGGAAUUCCUGGAGAAAUUUUUGAAGAAAUUCCUAGAGGUAUUCCCCGAGAACUAUAUUUGGAGGAAUCGUCGGACAAAUUUCUGAAGUAAUCUUUAUAAAAAUCCUAAGAGGAAUCGCUGGAGAAAUUGCUGAAUAAAUUCCUAGAGGAGUUCCCAGAGGAAUUCCUGCAUGAAACCCUGGAAUAAAUUCCACAAAGAAUUUCUAAAGGAAUCCAUGGAGGAUUUCCUGGAGGAAUUGCUGAAGGAAUUUACGAAGGAAGGAAUUCCUGGAUCAAUUCUGGGAAGAAUUCCUGGAGAAAUUCCUGAAGAAAUACCUGGGGUAAUUCCUGGAGAAAAUCUUGGUGGAAUUCCCAGAGAAAUGUGAUGGACUCCGGAGAAAUGCCGGCAUGAAAUCCACGAAGAAUGUCUGGAAGAAUGCCUGGAAUAAUUCCUGGAUAAAUUCCGUGAGCAAUUUCUGGGGGCAUUUCUGAAGGAAUCCCUGGAGAAUUUCCAGGAGGAUUCCUGAACAAAUCCUUGAAGGAAUUCCUAGAAGAAUCUCAGAAGGAAUUGCUGUAGAAAUUCUUAGAAUAGGGAAUCGCGCCACUUGGGCGGUGGCUUCUAUAUACGUUUGUUUUCCACUAUAACUCAGUCAAAUUUGAACCAAUUGACACAACUUUUGAAAUGUGGCGAGAUAGGUAUAGUAUCUACCCGUGUACAACAUUUCAAGUCAAUUGGUUCAAAAUUGACUGAGUUGUAGUGGAAAACAGACGAAUAUAGAAGCCACCGCCCAAGUAGCGCGAUACCCUAAUUCGUGGAUAAUUUCCGGGAGGAAUUCCUGGGGAAAUUUCUGAAGGAAUUCCUAGAGGAUUUUUUGGAGAAAUUGCCGUAGAUAUUGUGGAGGUAUUCCUAAAAGAAUUCCUGGAGGCUUAGCACAAUUCCAAGAGAAAUCCCUGGAGACAUGUCUGUAGGAAUUCCUGGACGAAUCUCUAAAAAAAUCCCUAAGAAAUUUCUAAAGGAAUUCCUGGAGAAAUCCCUGCAUACAUUCCAUGGCGAAUCCUUAGAGAAGUCCCUGGAAAAAAAACUGUAGAUUUUCCAUGAAGAACUACUAGAGCACUUUCAGGAGGAAUCUCUAGAGGAAUAGCUGUAGGAAUCUCUGAAAAAAUUCAUAGAGGAAUCUCUAGAGAAAUUUCUAGAGGAAUUCCCGGACGAAUCCCUGUAAGAGUUUCUAGAGGAAUCCUUGUGGGAAUUUCCAGAGGAAUCCUGGAGGAAUCCCUUGAGAAAUUCUUGGAGGAAUCCCAGGAUGAAAUCCAAGGAUCAAUUUCUAGGAGAAGUUUCUGAAGAAAUCCAAGGAGGAAGUACUGAAGAAAUCACUGAAACUCCAGAGGAAAUCCUGAAGGAAUCCUAUAAAGAGUAUGCAGUGGAACUUUUGUAGCAAUGCCUGAAGGAGUUCCUGAGAAACCACAGGAGGAAACUUGAAAGCAAUCCCAAGAGAAAUUCCUAAGGGAAUCUCUAAACAGGAAGGAAUCCCAAAGAGAGUGCUCGGAGGCAUUUUCAAAAUAAUCCUGGAAGUUGUUCCCGAAAGAAUCACAGAAGGAAUUUCCAGGUGAAUCCCUGGAGGAACCUUGGAGAAAUUUGAAUUGAAUUAUGAAUCCCGGAAGCAAUUCCUUGCGAAAUUCCUUAGGGAAUCUCACGAGAGUUUUCUUAGCAAAUUCCUGGAAGAAUUUAUGCAGCAAUCCCUGGAUAAAAAUUUGAAGAAAUUCAUGUCUGCAGUAAUUUCUAGACGAAUUAUUGAAGGAAUACUUGGAUGGACUCCUAAUGGAUUUUUAAAGAAAUUCCUGGAAUACCUAAUUUUUGAAUAACCUCUCUAGCAAACUUAUCUGAAAGAAUUUCUGUAACACAUUCCUGCAGAAAUACUUCGAAUAGUUGCAAAUGGAAUUAUUAGAGCAUUCUCCUGCGAAAUUCUGAAAGGAAUAUAUGUAGAAAUCCUUGAAGAAAUCUCUGAAGUAAUAGCUGCAGAAAUACCUUAACCCUUUGAAGCCGGAAUUUUUCCAAGCGUUCUUUUGGAGUUUUUUCUACAUUUUUCUGUAGUUUUGGUAUUCAAUAGUAUAAAAACGGUAGAAUAUUAUGCUGAAUAUUUUUUCUGGACAUCCUAGGUCAUCCAAACUAUUCUUGAGUUUAGAUCCUAAAGUCUAUGGCUGUAACGGUAACUUCUUUCAUUAUACAAAGCUGCGAUUUGCAAUCUAUCAUGUCCAGUAAGUCUUCUGAAAAUUCAAUAGACAGUAACAGAUCAUUUGGGAUAUCCUAGAUCAUCCAAACUGUUCUUGAGUUUAGAUCCUAAAGUCCACGGGUGUAACGAUAACUGAUUUCAUUAUACAAAGCUGCGAUUUCUAAUCUUUCAUGUCCAGUAAGUCUUCUGAAAGGUAAAUAGACAAUUUCACAUCGGUCGGGAUAUCCUAGGUCAUCCAAACUGUUCUUGAGUUUAGAUCCUAAAGUCUACGGGUGUAACGGUAACUGCUUUCAUUAUGCAAAUCUACGAUUUGUAAUCUAUCAUGUCCAGUAAGUCUUCUGAAAGGUAAAUAGACAAUAUCACAUCGGUCGGGAUAUCCUAGGUCAUCCAAACUGUUCUUGAGUUUAGAUCCUAAAGUCUACGGGUGUAACGGUAACUGCUUUCAUUAUACAAAGCUGCGAUUUCUAAUCUUUCAUGUCCAGUAACUCUUCUGAAAGGUAAAUAGACAAUAUCAGAUCAGUCGAGAUAUCCUAGGUCAUCCAAACUGUUCUUGAGUUUAGAUCCUAAAGUUUACGAGUGUAACGGUAACUUCUUACAUUAAAAGCUAUGAUUUGUAAUCCAUCAUGUCCAACAAGUCUUCUGAAAGUUACAGUUGUUGUUUUUAUCAACUAAGCUUCAUAACAGUAGGGAGCCCAUAAUAUCCCAAAAAUAUAUAAAAACGCGUAUUACUCCUCUAACUGCUUUGGUAAGUACAGCGGAUUAUGUAACAUCUUAACGUUGUGGAAAAAGCUAUUAUCACAAGUGUAGACCUGAAGCUAUGGUCUCCGGAGUAGUGAUGUUGAUCUGGAAUAUCUCAAAACUAUCAUUACAGAUUACAGUCUAAAGUUCAUUGUGAGGCUAACUACUGUUACUAUCAAGAGCUAAACUUCAGGAUAGUUUGGACGACCUUCAAUGUCCCAAAGGUUCAUAAAAAUAUAUAGUACACUUUAGGUUGGUCCAGUCACCGCUAUUGAUUAUGAAACGUUACUCAGUAUGUCAGAUAUAGCUGAUGUUACGAGUGUAGACCUGAAGUUCUGAACUCAUGGAUAGUUUGGCUGACCUGGAACAUUCCCAAAGUGUCUCUAAAUGACAUUUGAGAUUUUAAGAUCUUCACGGAUGUCAGCAGAUCCUAUGCUAUUAUUUAUGGUGAAAACACAAAGUUUUUCUUGUAGAUUUGAAGGGCUUCAUUAUAGAACAGUUUGGACGACCGUGAAUGUCCCAAAGGUUUAUAAUAAAAAAGAACUUCAGAUUGUUCCAGUAACUGCGGUUGAUUAUGCAGCGUUACUCAGUAUAACAGAUAUGGAUACAGUUACGAGUGUAUACCUGAAGUCCUGAACUCCAAGGAAGUUUGGCUGACCUGGAAUAUCCCUGUAGUGUCUCUAAAUGUCAUUUCAGAUUUCAAGAGCUUCACGGAUCUCAGCAGAUUAUGCUAUGCUAUUAUUUAUGGUGAAAACACAUAAAAUUUUUCUUUUAGAUUUGAAGUGCUUCAUUAUAGAACAGUUUGGACGACCGUGAAUGUCUCAAAGGUUUAUAAUAAAAAAAAUGGACUUCAGAUUGGUCCAGUAACUGCGGAUGAUUAUGUAGCGUUUCUCAGUAUAACAGACAUGGAUACUGUUACGAGUGUAGACCUGAAGUCCUGAACUCCAAAGUAGUUUGGCUGACCUGGAAUAUCCCUGUAGUGUCUCUGAAUGACAUCUGAGAUUUCAAGAGCUUCGCGGACCCCAGUAGAUUAUACAAUACUAUUAUAUAUGGUGAAAACACAUAAAAUUAUUCUUGUUGAUUUGAAGGACUUUAUUAUAGAACAGUUUGGACGACCCUAGAUGUCCCAAAGGUUUAUAAUAAGCUCUUAGACUUCAGAUUGCUGCAGUAACUGCGAUUGAUUAUGUAGCGUUUCUCAGUUUAACAGAUAUGGAUACUGUUACGAGUGUAGACCUGAAGUCCUGAACUCCAAGGUAGUUUGGCUAACCUGGAAUAUCUCUAUAGCGUAUAUAAAUGACAUUGUAAAUGCCAAGAGCUUCACGGAUCCCAGUAUCUUUUGCAAUGCUAUUAGUUGUGGCGGAAAUGCAUAAAAUUAUUCUUGUUGAUUUGAAGGACUUCACUACAGGACAGUUUGGAACACCUAGAAUAUCCCAGAAUAUAACACCUUUUGAUAUUCUUGAUGAAGGCUAAAUUAGCAUUAGCAUUAGCAUUAAGCGAGUCGCACAAAUUCGUAGGUGGUACAGUCCUAGACCGCUGUUAUGAGGGUUGCCUCCUUCCCGUCCGGACCAAAGCACAAAGAUUUGGAACUAAUCUCUGACUCUUAGACAAGACUGACGCAAUCCUCCAAUGGUCGAGCACUGUCCUGGCCACGUCCUUGCGACUGCUGAGGAAUGGGAAAGGAUGGUUAGUUUUGGACACCUAUGAAAAAUGUAGACAACUCUACGAUCUCUCAGGCCUAGGUGUCACGGGAAUUUGGGUGUUGUUAAGGGUAAACUCCAAAGGAUACGCUUGGUUAACGUUCAGGCACACCAUUGUUAGACUGCUUCGAAUCAGUUGUCUGCCCAAUUCAUCCUGUGGUUUCCUGAUCAUCUUGUUGGCAUUUGGUUGAAUUACUAGAUUCUUCGGUUGAUAAUCUGAAAUAUAAAAUAAUAUUAACCCUUUCUUUCCCACAAGGUUUUUUGACAUUUAAAAAUAGAUAAAAUGGUUUCUAAACAAAUCACCAGAACAAAAGAUGUAUAGUUUUACUCCAAAAUAUCGUUAGAAAUGAAAAAUUUGAUUUUUGAGGUGGAUCACCUGUGAUCCAUUGGGAAGAUGGAUGCACUGAAGGCACAUAUAUACAAAUUUUGUUUUUUUUUUUAUUUGUAUAUUGUUUUUCCUCAAAACUAUAUAGGUAUUUCGUCCAUCACACCUUUAAUUCAUCUUGAGAUUCUAAUCUAGCCCUUCUGCAAAACUUAAUGAAACUUGUCGGACUUCUUACAGUUAUCAUAAGUAGUUAUUCGAACAUGGCUCGCUUAGAAUCUAUGGAUUCUCUUCUCGUACCAUAUAUACCCUCCUGGAUUAAUCUGCGACAUAUUGCCGGCGAUAAAUAGAUAAUAUUAUAUGAAAUAAUGACAUUUUUACAUGAAACACUAUUAACAAUGGCAAAUUUCUUGGAUGUAAACAAACAUGCUAACAAGGAACAGGUUAGAUCAGAAAGUAUAAAAAUGUCGUUAUGUUCCCAAUGGAUCACUGAUGAUCCACAUGUUUGUUCAUUAAAUUAGUGUUUUAUUGUCAACUUGUUUGUAAAACAAUAUUUUAUUGUGGUCAUAUACAUACUAUAGGGCACGUUAGUAUUUUUUUCCGUUGAGAAAAAUGUUCAGGCUUCGGAAUAUCGAAUUUUUGAAUAUUGUUUGAAUUAAAAUAGAAAAAAUACCGACUUUCGCUAAAUCAUUAAGCUCUAGAACAUAAACGAGCAGAGAAAUUUUGACCAAACUUUGCAUAAUAGUUCAUUAAACAUAUACAAACAUCUGAUGAAAAAAUGGAAAUUAUCUAACUUAUCCUGUAUUUGUAUGAACAGUGCAAAGUAGUGGAUCACCUGUGCUACCAUGGGAAAGAAAGGGUUAACAUCGGAUAUUCUUGAUGAAGGCUAAAUGGAUACAUAUAAACGAAACCCACAUCCAAGUUUAGCUUUUAAAACAACUGGUAUGUCAAUUGAAUUAUUUCGUUUUUUCAAAUUUCAUGGUGUUCAGGAUGUUCUAGGUAAUCAAUGAAGUCCCAAAUACAAAUAUCCCAAUUUUUCCCUAAUAGAGGACUCAAUUUGCAACAACUUUGCCAAAGACAGUAUUCUGUUUUAUUGAAUGGGUGAAUUUAUACAGCCGUUUCUAUGUUGGGGUCAUAUAUGACCCCUCCGGUUCCAAAGGAUUAAAGGAUCUCUGGAGAAAUUCCUGAAGGAAACCUCGAAAACAGCACUUGAACAAUCAAUGGAGGAACCUUUAAAGAUAUCCCAAGACAAAUUCCCGAAGAAAUGUCUUGUGGAAUCCAUAGAUGAAUUCCUGCAUCACUGCACUUCCAUCACUCUGUGGAAAAAAAAUCCUGUAGGAAUUGCUCAUACUCAUAUAGUUUACGAAACUAGAAACAAAUCUUAAACAGUCAUCUUGAUUCCACAAAACUGCAAUGCCUAUUUGCAUAUCCACAUAACGGGCCGCUUAAAAGUUAUCUCAAAUCAGCCCCCAUCCAGAAAAAAAUCCUAGCUACGCCAAUGAUUUUACGACUCUGUGUCGAAAAUUGAUAUAACGUUGAGACAAUAUACAUUCUGAAGAAAAAUGAAAAUUUUAUAUUUUUGAAUCGAAAGAAAAAUCGAUUCCGUAGAUUUUGUGGGGCUUCAACAUUGAUUCAAAAAAUCGAUUAAUCGAAACAAAAACAUCGAUGUUGUGAACAUCGAUUUGAAAUUGCCCAACGCUACUUCAAAGGCAACUCGUACUUGAAUAUCUUAGGCGCUUCACAGAAUUUCGGCCUUCAUUAUGGCCAAAAACUUCUCAAUCGGAAAAAGUUCAGGCAAAUGUGAUGGGCAACGCCAUCUUUGAAAUAUUACGGAUCGAAAGAUAAGGUUGACGUUUAAAUGAAUUCAACUGCUUCCUUGCUUUCUCUGAGUCAGCUGCCACCACAUACGACCAAAUUUUUCAGUAAUAUCGGUACUAUGUUUUCAUGGACAACUUUUUUUAUGAUUUCGGAAAACUUUCGACCCACACUGCUGGUGGAAGCAUAGUUGUCCCAUGUGCAUUUUUGGCAAUAUUGAAUUUUUGCAGCCCAUGACCAUAUAUCGUGGGGUACUACCAUAUGGGGAAAUAAAAAUAGGUAGUUUGUUCCGGAAAUUGUUGAAAAAAUGCAUGGCCGAUUUGUAACAUUCUUAAAAGUGGACGCAUAAGCGUCACGUUUCAUUAGAAAUCAUAUGGAACUAUAAAAUCGCUCUAAAACAAAAAAAAUAGUGCUCAAAUUAAAAAUUGGUUGAUGUUAGAACACGAUUCAGCACUUAUACUUCAUAGUUGAGACAAUUUACUUUUUUCGAACUUUGGACGCGAUUUUCUUGAUUGUCUGUUUUUGCACAUGGGACAUUUAUGCGUCCACCGGCAGCACAAGUGUCCGACAAGGAUGACAAAAAAAAAAUAAGACAUCCCCAAUGGUUGAUGAUAACGAGAUGUAAUGUAGUCAGAGCGCGAUGUGUCCUGUUCCCCGUUUUCUGAUAUUAAGUAUUUUAUGAACACACUGUUUAAUUUAAAACCACCACCCAAAAUCGAUUAUAUCUGUGUAUAUGUAUGUAAGUACACCUAUCUGGAAUAUGAGGUACUCACUAUAACAUAUAGGAUUCCAUCUAUUGUUACUCAUCCCGUGUCGGAUGUUUUGUUUUGUUAUAAAUUUUUCAUUGUUUCCUUCAAUAAUUUUCGUCUGUGUACUAUAAUACUUAUGACAGGAUUUUACUUUUGUGGUUCUUCUCCGAACUGUUGUUUUGGUAUAAAAAUACACUCUUUGCCACCGUUAUUUUUUUUAGGAAUAAGGCUGAUGUCGUUUAAUUACCGUUAUUUUCACUCAUAAUUAUUACUAACUAUUAUUAUUAUUAUUAUUGAUUUCCUUUUGUUACGUGUCGAAUGUGACUUGGUUGAAGCAAUAUUAAAUAUUGAUGAAUACUGUUGAAAAUGAG